ACGCCGAGUGUCCGAUAAACAACAAUAAAAACAAGCAACGCCAAUUCGUUCGAAAGUAAAAGACGUAAAUUUGAGCAUUAAGUAUCUGAAGUGCAGUGAACUGCAGCUUGAAAGAUUAGAAGUAAUCAGACUUUAUACAAAAAAGUGAAUAUCCAACCAAAUAUGUCCUCCAGAUCAGCCUCGCCACUCAGCAACGUGACGGUGGACGACGAGAUAAGCAUAAAAGAGCACGAAUUCGCACCGGAGUAUCUGGUCAUCAAAGAGGAACGCGAGAGCAGCAUUUCGCCCAUAUUGACACCGCCGCAUACGCCGACGGAAGAACAUACGCGCGUACGCAGCCAACAGCCAACACACAUUUCACUCUACGAAAUGGAGCAACAACAGCAACAGUUGCAGGCACAGCAACUGCAAUUGCAACAACAACACACACAGAUGACACUGUUGCAGACAUCGCCACCACAACAGCGCCGCCCAUAUCCACCCACCUUGCUCGAAGCACAACAAUUGCAACAACAGCAAGCAGCACAGCAGCAACAACAACAUCGUUUGUGGUUGCAAAUGCAACAACAGCAGCAACAGCAACAAGCCGCCGCCGCUUAUGCUUAUGGGCAUGCGGCGCAAUUCAUGCCCGGCACAACGGUUGCCGCCGACGCCGUGCAACAACAUCAAGCGCUACUCAUGAACCAAUGGCUACGCAGUGCCGCACUCUACCACAGUCACCAGCACCCACAUGCACCGCAUCCACACCCAGCCAUGCCAACAGCCGCCGGUGCACCACACAUGCGCCCCUACCCCACACUCCACCCACUUCAUCCCGCCGCACGCCUUGGCCUGCCCGCGGCCAUGAAGUUGGCUGGCGCUGCGCCCGGUGCCGGCAUCCGCCCCAAGAAGCAGUUCAUCUGCAAGUACUGCAACCGCCACUUCACCAAGUCGUACAACCUGCUCAUACACGAACGCACACACACCGAUGAGCGGCCGUACUCGUGCGACAUCUGCGGCAAGGCAUUCCGGCGACAGGAUCAUCUGCGCGACCACCGUUACAUACACUCCAAGGAGAAGCCGUUCAAGUGCAGCGACUGCGGCAAGGGUUUCUGCCAAUCGCGCACGCUCGCCGUGCACAAGGUCACCCAUCUGGAGGAGGCGCCACACAAGUGCCCCAUCUGCCAGCGUAGCUUCAAUCAGCGCGCCAACUUGCGCAGCCACCUACACAGUCACACUGAGGCGCAAUUGGCCGCCAUCAAGAAUUGCAGUAGCAGCGAUAUCAGCGCUGAGUUGUCAACAUCCGCAACGGAGGAAACAGCAACAACAACAAUGCAGUCCAGCGUACCAGCCGGCAGCACAACAACACCCAUACUUGACCUCUCCGCCUCGGCUGUGCAAACGGUCAACUGCUGCCAUCGGCCAAAGCGGCCGUUGGGCUUCAGCAUCGAUGAAAUCAUGAGCAGGUAGACGGUCGCAAUCGCAGCUAUUGCAAGCAGGCAAAGUUGGUGCAAGAUUGCAGAGCGCGGCAGCAGCGACUGUGGAAAGUUGGCGAUUGAGGCUGCAAGUUCCCGAAAGCUCGCUGCGGCGGCGGAAGGCUGGCUAUGGUGUACAUGGCGACACGCAAAGCGACAGCUGUUUGGUUGGACGGGCGUUGGCGACAAGAGGCCGCUUGGCGGCUACGCUACUGGUCGCCCGAUUCGCUGCAGUUUGUUGGCUAUUUUGAAAGUUCAAAACAACAAAAGUUCCCAGUUAUAAUCAUAUAUGAUCCGUUAAGAGGCUGCACUGUCUCCAGGGUCGGAGGCACGCACACACACGCACACAAAUUUAAUUAAAGUCAUCAUUACCAUUAGUUAAAUGCACACACACACACACAAGAAGAAGAAGAAGAAGAAGAAGAAGAUAUAUUUAGCCAAUUCAUAGUUGUAUUUAAGCUAAAAAUAAACAAACAACAAAAACAAAAAACAAAAAUGCCAAAGCAAAAGUAUUUAUGGAAAGGCCGUCUUGCGCGCGUUUCACUUAAUUUACGAUCGUACUGAUCGUCGAUAGCGACAGAGCGAUAACGACACACGAAGCACCUUUGCGAAUGCACAACUGAAAUAUAUUAUAUAUCUACGUAGGCCAGUUAUAUAUAUCUAUAUCUAUAUAUGUAGUAAUUUUAAUUUAUCUAUAAGUAUAAGUGUAUGUAUGUAUGUAAUUUGUUAUAUGAUAAUUUAGUGAAAUGUGUUUUUUUUUGUUCUCCACUUUAUGCUGUACCUAAUAGUUGUAGGUUGUAUAGUUUAGGAAAAGAAUAGCCGAGUUCACGGCAUCAUAGACUGCUUUAUUUAUAUAGUAUAAUAUAAUACUUGACUGUAUGUAUGUAUGUAUUGAAAAUAUCAAAAAUCCAAUAAUACAAUGUUUUUGAAAAUCUAAAAAAAAAUUUUGAAUUUUUAUUUAUUAAUACAAACUCUAAAAGCUUAGCGCUUGCGCUUCUCCGCUGCUACCACAAAGUAAUUCACAGACGCUGUGGAGUCAAUCGCACUGCUGCUGCUGCUGCCGAGUUUGGGUGCGCCUUUGGCUUGAAUAAUUUAUAAUUGUGGCACUAGACAACAAAGCAACUGGGCUCAGUGAUCUCAUUGUCAGCUUGACUGCUGACUAUUCGACUAUUUGGGCAUAUAUCACACACGCUUCUAUGUAGGUGUGUUGGUCAGCGCGUGAGUUCGCUGUGUUCGUUUGGCAUAUAUUAUGCAUAAAUUG